AUGGGUAACAGGAACGACAAGGAUAAGAAGGGUGGAGCGGCAUGCCGUGGUGGUGGCCGUGGGGUUCCGGGGGUGGUAGUAGCACCUUUAUUGGUGCUAGUGUUUGCCGGCAUUCUGGCGCAGGAAGGAAUACUAGUGUUGGCUGCUCAAGAAGUCGACACGUCUUGCCUCAAUCGGCUUGCGCCUUGCCUAAACUACCUUAAUGGAACCCGUCACCCUCCGGACAAUUGUUGCGAUCCUCUGAAAUGGGUGAUCAAGUCCAAUCCUGAAUGCUUGUGUCGUAUGAUAAGCAACCGAGGCUCCGAUGAAGCUGAGCAAGCCGGCAUCAAUGUCAAUGAGGCUCAGGAAUUGCCAGGAAGAUGUGGCCAACGUGUCAACCCACUCGUCUGCCUUUCAAGUAAUGGUUCACCUAAUAAUUCCAAGAACUCAGUUCCAAAUUCUGCAAACAGCUUUUCGUUGCUCUUUCGUGGAAGUAUGGCGGCCACAACUCUAUCGUUGUCUCUUCAUCUUAUAUUUAACUGGCAUCAAAUACAAUAUAGUUUCUCGAUCAAUUAA